AUGUCAAACAACGAUAAAUUUCAACUUUGUCUCUAUUAUUCAUAUUCAAGUCAGCGUCAUCGAUAUACACGUCAGAUUAUUUACAUCAAUGAAAAGACAACAUGUGAAGAUGUUUUAAGACGCUAUACACCUGAUCCAAGUACUUGUCGAUUAAUCGAAACAUGUUUUGGAUUUGAACGAGAAAUUUCAUCUGAUGAUUGUUUAUUUGAUGUAAUAAAUCGUUAUCAAACAAUUCAAGAAUUCAAAAUUGUCGUACGUCAUGUAAAUGACAAUCAUCGCUCUCAAUAUCUUCAACGACGGCGAAGUACAAUGCGUUCACCUUCGGUCAAUAACAAUAAUAAUGAUCAACAACAAUCAUCGCACGAAUACAAUAUAAAUAAACAACAAAUGAAUAUCAAUCAAUCAAAUGGAAAUGCUCGAUUGACAGAUUAUUCAUUAUCAAAUUUGCAAGUCAUAGCUACUCAUCAACAGGAACAAAUCGAGCAUAAUAAUAAAUUAUUGGUUUCACGUGAACAACAUCUUAAAUAUCUUAAACAACAAGAAACAACACAAGAAAAAAUAUUUUUUCAACGUCUAAAACAACAUAUUGAACAACAAGAAAUGAAGCAUAUGCGUUUGAAAUCACUUCAAAAUCAAAUAAAUCAACAAAAAAAUGCAAAUUCUAACGUUGAAAAUGAAUUAGAAUUAUUAAAACAAAUCUUCUUAAAUAAAGAACAAGAAUUAACACUAACAUCUAAUAAAGUCGAUGAGUUAACUAAACAACUUGAUCAAUUAAGAAAAUUAAAAAUAUCAUCAAAUAAAGAACAAUCACAAAACAAAAAUGAACUAGAGAAAUUAAAGCAAGAACUCAUGAUACGAAAUAAAUUAAAUGAACAACAAAAUCGUAAAAUUUCCUAUCAACGUGAAAUAUUUACAACCAAGCAAGCUGAAUUAAAUCAACUAGAUCAUCGAAUAGAAGAACUUCAGCAACAUUUGAAAACGAAAACGAAAACGAAAACAACAUCAAAUUCAAUUCAAUCAACAAUAGCUGAACCAUUUACACCAUCGAUUGGUUUUAAAACUGCUUUAGGCAUAGUAGAAGAUACAUUAAAUAAUAUUAAUAUGAUCGAAAUUGAAAAACGUAUGGUAAGAUUAGCAAAUUCGUUUAAUUCAAGUAGUACCAGUGGACCUUCAAUUACAAGUCAAAAUGGUCAAUUUAAUGAUUCCAACAGUUCAAAAAAGAUCAAAGAUGGUUCGUCAUCAGUGCAUUCGUCUAAAAUAGCAUUUGCAUCUAAAAAUGAAAUAGCUGCAACAUAUAUGAUCGACUCAUCAACAGUAUCAACAAUUCCAAUGUAUCAUUCUACGAAUACACCUAUACUGCUAACGCAAGCAACAACACAAAUGAUUGAAUCGCCACCAUCGAACACUGAGGAAAAAUUAUUACCACCUAAUCUUCGCUUAAAUGAUGAUAUACUUUCAAUUCAUUUUAAUAAUGCAGCAUCAAGUAUUAAAAAACGUCAUUCAUUAUCUGAUGCAAGUGAUACAUGUAUCAAAUUUUUAUCAGCAGAUCUUGAACAAAAUCAACAACCAAUUUAUGUUUGUGACGAUUUAUCAAUUACUUCAUCGUUGUCAGAUACAAAAACCAAUAUUUUUACCCAUGAAAAUCUCCUUGACCUAGAAACUAGCAUCAAUAGUGAUAAUUACGAUGGAGAACAACAGCAACAACAAACAAUAACUGAAUCAUUUGUUUCUGAUACAGAAUCUGAAGGUUCCCUUUCUGAAGAUGUUGAAUCAAUUAUUUCAUUACCAAAAACGACAACAACGUCUGUUUUUAAUCUUAAAUCAUUAUUAAAAACUUCAACAACAUUAAAAAAUACGACAAGACGAGUUAUAUUUGAUCCAUUAGUUCUUCUGCUCGAUGCUGCUGUCAUGGGAGACUUUGAACUUCUUAUAAAAUCAGUAAAAGAAGUGAAAAAUCCAAGUCAACCAAAUGAUGAGGGUUUAACUGCAUUGCACAAUGCAGUGUGUGGAUCUCAUCUCGAAUGUGUAAAAUUUUUAGUUGAAUUUGGUUGUGACAUUAACUAUGCAGAUAAUGAUGGAUGGACACCCUUACAUUGUGCAGCAUCGUGCAAUAAUACAUCUAUGGUUUCGUUUUUAAUUGAACACGGUGCUUGUAUUUAUGCAAUGACGAUUCGAGACAAUGAAACAGCUGCAGAGAAAUGUGAGGAAGAAGAAGACAAUUAUAUUAGUUGUUCUCAAUAUCUUUUAGGCGUGCAAAAUGAUUUAGGUUUAAUUAAUGAUAGUCUCGUUUACGCUUUAUAUGACUAUGAUUCAAAGUCUUCCAUUGGCGAUGAACUUGAAUUUAAAGAUGGUGAUCGAUUAACCAUAUUAAAACGUGGAGAUGAAAAUGAAACAAAAUGGUGGUGGGCAAAACAUGAAAAUAAUGGAAAAGAAGGAUAUAUUCCUCGCAAUUAUCUUGGUGUAGGUUCUUCAGCUAUAUUUAUUUGCAGAGUUUAG